AUGAGAUCCUCCGUGUCUCGGCAGACAUACUCCACCAAAGGAGCCUUCAGCUCCAGCUCAGCCAGUGGCGGGGGUGGCUCCCGGGCCCGCACCAGCUUCAGCUCGGUGACUGUGUCCCGGAACAGUGGCAGCGGCGGGGGGCCCCGCUGUGGCCCCAGCAUGGGCGGCUUUGGGAGCCGGAGCCUCUAUAACUUGGGGGGCAGCAAGAGCAUCUCGGUCAGCGUGGCUGGAGGGGCCUCGGCGGGGCGGGCACUGGGAGGCUUCGGCCUUGGCGGCGGGGCCUACAUGGGCCUGGGGGCAAGCAGGUCGACGCUGGGGCCCGUCUGUCCUCCUGGCGGCAUCCAGCAGGUCACCGUCAACCAAAGCCUGUUGACCCCCCUCCACGUGGAGAUCGACCCGGAGAUCCAGCGGGUGCGCACGGAGGAGCGGGAGCAGAUCAAGACCCUCAAUAACAAGUUCGCCUCCUUCAUCGACAAGGUGCGGUUCCUGGAGCAGCAGAACAAGGUGCUGGAGACCAAGUGGGCGCUGCUGCAGGAGCAGGGUCAGAAAUCAGGCGUCACCAGGAACAAUCUGGAGCCCUUCUUCGAGCGCUUCAUCAACAACCUGCGGGGGAAGCUGGACAACCUCCAGAGCGAGCGGGGGAGGCUGGACUCAGAGUUGAGGAAUGUGCAGGAUCUUGCUGAGGACUUCAAGACCAAGUAUGAGGAUGAAAUCAACAAGCGCACUGCCGCAGAGAACGAGUUUGUGGUCCUCAAGAAGGAUGUGGAUGCUGCAUACAUAGGCCGAAUGGAUCUGCAUGGCACGGUGGACCACCUGGUGGAAGAGAUGGACUUCCUGAGGCAUCUCUAUGAAGAGGAGCUGAGCCAAGUGCAGACUCACGUGUCUGACACCAGUGUCGUUCUCUCCAUGGACAACAACCGCAGCCUCGACCUGGACAGCAUCAUCGCUGAGGUGAAGGCCCAGUAUGAGCAGAUUGCCCAGAGGAGCAGGGCUGAGGCUGAGUCCUGGUACCAGACCAAGUAUGAGGAACUGCAGGUGACCGCUGGGAAGCAUGGGGACAACCUGCGGGACACCAAGAAUGAGAUUGCUGAGCUCACCCGCACUGUGCAGCGGCUGCAGGGGGAGGCAGAUGCAGUCAAGAAGCAGUGCCAGCAGCUGCAGACUGCCAUCGCGGAUGCGGAACAGCGCGGGGAUCUGGCAUUAAAAGAUGCUCAGAAGAAACUUGGGGACCUGGAUGCUGCCCUGAAUCAGGCCAAGGAGGACCUGGCUCGGCUGCUGCGUGACUACCAGGCGCUCAUGAACGUCAAGCUGGCCCUGGACGUGGAAAUUGCUACCUACCGCAAGCUGCUGGAGAGUGAGGAGAGCAGGAUGUCUGGAGAAUGUCCCAGUGCUGUCAGCAUUUCGGUGACGGGCAACUCCACCACUGUGUGCGGAGGCGGCGUGGCUGGCUUCGGGGGUGGCAUCUCCCUGGGUGGGGGUGGGGGCACCAGCAAGGGCAGAUUCAGCACAAAUGCGGGCUAUAGCACUGUCAAGGGAGGGCCUGUCUCUGGGGGCACCUCCAUCCUGCGGAAGACCACCACGGUCAAGACGUCCAGCCGGAGGUAUUAGCUGCUGUCUUGCAAGCCGGGGCCCCUGCGCUUUCUCUCUCCACUCCCCAUCCUCAGGAGCAGGAAUAGCCCCAGGACCACUGAUCCAGGGUACAGGCAUGCCAGACGGUGCAUGGGAUCUGCAUUUUGGGAAGGGCUCAAA